UCUCCAACUUGCUCUGUCUUUAAAAGCUGCGUUGAGUCCGCACACUUUAACCUCUCGGCCAAACCCACCAGACACACGGACAGAAACGCACACACACUGCGCGGCCGCUGCAGAGUGAAAGGAGUCAUCUGUUUGCAGAGGUCCCCGGAGUUACCUCACCUCCACCAUGACUGAUCGCUUUGACUGCUACUACUGCCGUGACAACCUGCACGGGAAGAAGUAUGUGAAGAAGGAUGAGAAGCAUGUGUGCACCAAGUGCUUUGAUAAGCUCUGCGCCAACACCUGUGCAGAGUGUAGGCGCCCCAUUGGUGCAGACGCCAAGGAGCUACACCACAAGAACCGCUACUGGCACGAGGACUGCUUCCGUUGUGCCAAGUGCUACAAGUCACUGGCCGGUGAGCCGUUCAGCGCUCGGGAUGAUGGCAAGAUAAUGUGUGGCAAGUGUGGCUCACGGGAGGAUGGCAACCGGUGCCAGGGCUGUUACAAAGUGGUGAUGCCAGGGUCGCAGAAUGUGGAGUACAAGAACAAGGUGUGGCAUGAGGAAUGCUUCACCUGCUUUGAAUGCAAGCAGCCAAUCCGUGCACAGAGUUUUCUGGCCAAGGGUGAUGACAUCUUUUGUGCUCCCUGCCAUGAAAAGAAAUUUGCCAAGAAGUGCUUCCAUUGCAAGCAGCCCAUCACCUCUGGAGGGAUCAGCUACCAGGACCAGCCCUGGCACUCUGAGUGCUUUGUGUGUAACACCUGCGGUAAACCUCUGGCAGGAGCUCGCUUCACCUCCCAUGAGGACCAUGUUUACUGUGUGGACUGCUACAAAAGCGAUGUGGCCAAGAAGUGUCAUGGCUGCAAGAACCCAAUCACAGGGUUUGGCCAUGGCACCAAUGUGGUGAACUAUGAGGGAUACUCCUGGCAUGAAUAUUGCUUCAACUGCAAGAAGUGCUCCCUCUCACUGGCCAACAAGCGUUUUGUCAUCACUGGAGACCACAUUUACUGCCCUGACUGUGCUAAGAAGCUGUAAACUGCACUAUUAACUGUGCAGAGGAUUUCAGGUUACAGUGGAAUUACACCCAAAGUGACUUUUGAACUGUUAGAGGAAUUAAGCUUUGUAUUGAUCAUAACAGCUCAAUUCUAUACUAGCUUGCAUGCCAGCAGUCAAUUAUGGUGAAAUUACUUUGCAAGAUAGACAGACUUGAGGUUAUUUUAAAGUAGCUUUCAUUUAUCUACAGUACUGCAGGUGUUGGAUUAUAUGGUAGCAGGUUUUUAUUAUCAUUUUGGAUGUUGGAUUGUGAUGUGUACUACUCUGUACUGCCUUAUCAGACUAGUCUUUUCAGCCUUACUGGAAUCUUUGCAUAAAUGCUUUUUCUGAAUCUGCUGCUGCUCAUACAUACCGGCUUUGAUUAAAAAUCUGUUACAUUUUGAAUGUUUAAAUGGGCUGAGUUUAAACAUGUUUAGAGAUACAUUAAGUCUUUGAGGUUGAUGCUAAAAGAUUAAGCGCUCAUGUAUUCAAAACUUGACAAAGUAUAAAAAAUAAAAA